AUGGUGUAUUGCGGCAAGGCAUCACAGGGCUGCCAGAGCUGCCGGACGAGGCGCAUUAAGCUUACCGCAAUCCCCAGUGUCGAGGGCCUCGAGAGGCAUCCCAUGCUGACCCGAGUUAGUGCGACAAAGUCCAACCGCAGUGUACGCAAUGUUCGAAAGACCGCCGCGGGGAAGCGACUAAUUAAGGAGAUAUGUGCUACCCCCGUCGACAAAGGCAUUCAAUUUUAUAUCGAGCACUACAUAAUCGGGCUUCCAGACGAGCCAAGGGCAGGCCACGAGCUCCGAGGGAUAAAAUGGGUUCACUCGCGGGCGACACGGGACAUCAUAGCUGCCGUGGGGCUGGCCGGCCUCUCGAAUCUCACGGGCGACAAAGAGAUGAACACAUUAUCGAAGCAUCAUUACGGGCUCGCUCUGCACAAUAUGGCAUCCUCCGUCCGAGACAUGGGAAGUAUCGAGUUGGAUCUUAUAAUGCGGACUGUGGUGAUGAUGGCUAUGUAUGAGGUUAUACGUGGCGGGAACGAGCCGUCCAGCCCCGCGCGAACGCACGUCAUGGGUGGUGCCGCAAUCUUGAACAACUCUCUUCCUUUACCGCAGUCACCAGCCGAUGGACCGCGAGGGCUCCUACAGCUGUGCUUCUCGAUGGUCUCUUCGAGACAGGGCUCCUUCCAGUUCUCCUCGCCAGAACCGAAUGUCGUGAUUCCCACUCACAUCGACCGCCAAUGCGAAGGGGCUCUCCCUGGCACUUUCUUCAACUGGAUCGCCACCAUCGACAACACGGUAACGGAGCGCGACCGUCCAUCGGCUGAACUUAUCAAAGUGAUUGCACGUUUCGUUCAGCUGUCAGCCCUCGCCCGUAGCCAACCGCUCGUAGAUGGGCGUCCCAAGACGGCCGCCCUAAUUCGCGAGGCACUAGAAAUUAACCGGGAUCUCGAGGCCUGGGAAGCGCGCCAAGAGGGUAUAUGGGUGGUCGCCGAAGAGCGCCUCAACGACGGCUUCUUCCCUCUCGAGGCCGUCUUCGACGGCUGCUACCACAUCUACGACAACACCUACAUCGCGCGGGUCUGGAACCACUACCGCUGGGCCCACACCCUGGUCAACCAGAUGCUGCUCGAGAGCGUGGCGCGGUUCCCGGCAAGCAGCGCGGCGCUGGUCUCGGCCGAGCAGCAGAAGCGCUCGCUCGGCUGGAUCCGGCGGCUGGCGCGCGACAUGUUGGUCUCGGUCCCGACGCACUACCGCCAUCCGAAGCUGCAGCCGGCGCACUGGGACUGCUUCGACAAGACGAAGCGCGGCGCCAUGAUCGGCAUCGCCGGCAUCCCGACGCUGCUGUUCGAGGUGAAGGUCGCGGGCUGUGCGCCGGGCGUCCCGGCCCGCUACCGCUCGUGGGCGCUGAACAUAAUCGAGACCGCGUAUAGGGAUACUGGCAUGUAUCAGGCGAAGGCGCUGGCGGGGUUUCUUGGGAAGGUGGUUAAAGAGGAGGAGGCGAGGUCGGCGUCUCCUUUGGGUGUUGGUGAACGGGUGUUGAGGUGA